GGUCUAUGUCGACAAGCUCCUGCUGUCGGCCGCCUGUGUGAAUGCCUUAGGCAAUCCGCGGGACGAGCUGAUCGUGAAAGAGGUGUCUGCUGUCAUGGAGAAGACCCGUCAGCGAAAGCGUUGGGCCAAGGACCGUCUUUGUCGAGUUCGUCAGUUGGAUGAGGUAGCGUCGGCGUCGCACUCAGUGUCAGUGGACCUGGAUGCUGCGGCCGGCUACGACGAAGACGAUGUCGUCGACCUCUUGCGCCCCAUGGACAUGGCGUCGGCUGCCGGGGUCACGAAUCGGACCAUGAUCCGACGACUUAAGGCCGAAUCGAAGCAGGCCGAGCUGCCGGCCAGCGUGGACAAGCUCAUGGAGCAGCUUCAGGGUCAGCUUCAGACAAAGGGCGUCUUGGAUCCCUUGCCUUUGUCUGCGUCUGUGGACAGGAAACGGCAGACGGCCAUGGAGACUGUUCGCCUGAGGGAGUGGCUACAGUCUGAAGAAGGCAAGGAGUGGAAGAAUCAGCGAGCAGAGACUUGGUCCACGGCCAGCUGGUCGCUCCCGGCGGCGUCAGCCACUGCUGCCGCAUCAUCAUCAGCCAAGUCUGAUGCGACAGCAGCAUCCUCCGGGUUCAACACUGCACAAGCUCCCUGCGCCGGAUUGUCGGCAUGGUUUUCCUAUUCUUCCGUCAUCGAGUCUAAGUCUAGAACUAAUUAUACUGCACAGCAAGAGAAGAACUUGCAUUUGCGCUGCUGCUUCGACGACUGA